UCUUCUGAUUGUAUACAGUAUUGAGAGGAAUAGAAUUCGUCUGUGGAGAUGGAUCCAUUUACGCAGAGAAUACUCGAUCGUGCCGAGCAACGGAGUAAGCAACUGGGUAUCAGCAAUCCCGUAGCAAAGGUGCCCUUGGGUGAGAACAGUGCUGAGACGAGUCUCAGUAGUAUGGGGAGCACUAAGUCUCCUGUCCGGAAAGCUAUCCCGGCCGAAAGGAUGAGCACGGAAGGGAAGAAUGUGUUAACCUACGUUGCUAACACGAGUGGAGGAAAUGAUGCUGAUAAGUUCGAUAACAUUUCCGUUGAGAUUAACAUUACAACGGAUUCUAAUGUGGGGGUGAAAUGCGAUGUGACAGCGGUGGAUGUUGAUCGUGAUGGAAAUAUUCUCAAAUCAAGUGAACUUCUUAACGAGUCCACUACAUCAGGUAUUCGCGAUGCUUCUAAAAGUCGUCUUCAGCGCUUGGGAGCUUUGUAUUCGGACGAUCAGAAUAUAUCUUCGCCAAUUCAUCGUACUGAAGGUAAUUUUCAUGAGAAGAUGAGCGAGUCCACUGAUAUUCCGAGGCCCCGGAAUCGCCUGGGGAAGUUGGCAGCACUGGCUGACAAUAUAAAUCGUUGGGAGGAUGAAGAUCAGCGGCUUCAAAAGGAAAAUAUGCCCAUUCCAAAGGCAACUGGAGCAGUUCCAAAACGUCCUCAAGUUGUAGAUACUUUGCCGAAGGAUAAGAAAACGCCUACAAAACAGCUAAAGUGGGAUAAAUCCGUGAUGGAUGCUUUGGAAUCGCAGGGAUUCAAGCGCCGCGAAUCUACGAAAAAUCUCGUCUAUGAAUAUCAUGAGAAUGAGAAUAGAGAACGAGAGAAUGUUCUCAAUGAAACCAGGAAAUCCUCGCUGAAGAAACCCCGAGCUCAAGAUACCCAAGACAGCAAUGUGUCAACUAUUGAAGCAAAUAGAAAUAUUGAGGUUAAGGAUUCGCCGAAAAAGCUUAAUGUUACAAGGGGUUUAGUAACAGGACGAGCAGCCUUCUUUGAAGCGAGUGGAGUGGCGCCACGGGCUCCAAAGUCCGUGACCAAGGAUCCGGCAGAAAUGUCACUUAAAGAGCGAAUGGCACUUUUUGAGCGAAACAAAGGAGCUGCGCCGCUUCCUAAGCCUUUAGCCGCCGCUUCGGUUUCCACUUCUGCUUCUACUUCGGCCACUACUACGGUCGCCACUUCGACUUCCACUUCGACUGCAAAAGUAGAAGAAAAACCGCAAAGACCUCCGAUUGGAGGCUACAAUCAGUCUCAGAAGGCUGAAUCAAAGGCUUCCGGAGGAGGGAUUAAGAGCACUGUGGCUGCUCUGAUGUCUUCCGGAGCCACAAUUUCGGAGAAUGCAAUUACGCAGGAAAUCAGGAGGCAAAGACAGCAGGAGAUGGAGCUGCUGCUCAAUAGAUUCCAUCAGCCACAAAAGUCUGACAGUGAGAAUGAAGGAGUUUCUCUAACAGAACCCAAUCCUCCACCUCCACCUCCGCCAAUGCCUUCGACUUCCUUUGGAACUGGAGGGAAACGCCGAAGUGAUGGCGAAAAUGACCAGGACACCAGCCCAGAUGAGGCUAAGCGAAUCAAGAAGCACUCAAUGCGAAAGAGUGAUCGGCUGUAUCCCAGCCUUUCUGAUUUGGACUCAACUGAGUCCGAGCAGAAUUGUACCACAGCAACGGUGUCUGAGGAAGGCAGUGGUUGUCGACGUAGGUCAGCAAUCCACGAGGAAGAGGAAGAAGAAAGUGCCAUGGAAUCAGAGGAAGCAGAUGAAUCGAGUCUAUUUGAGGGUAGUAUCAGUCGAGCUGUUAUGAACUCCAUCCGCUCAGCGGAUUCCUCCAGGGUGUUCGUGGGGACACGGGGCAGUGACAGUAGCGAUGAAGAUGACAUGGAUGAGUAUUUGGACGAAGCACUUGACAUUUCCACAGGUUCCAGUCGCAAGAAUACUCCACGCAAAGGAUCAAUAUCUUCAAAUAGUUUUUCCUACAAGAAAAAUUCUCCAGCAAAGCAUAUUAGAUUUGAAACUCCAGUAUCUUCCAAGGUGAUUGGAAGUCCUAAGAAAAGUCCGAAGAAGAAUCAAAAGGAUGAUGAAGUUGUGACAUUGGUGCACACUGUGAGUUUCUAUCGGAAGCAACAAUCCACCAAAAGUCCACCAAGUAAAGUUAUUCGUCAUGUAGAAGACACCCAGGAUUCUGAUGAAAUCGACGAGGGGGUCAGUGAAUCGUUGCAUGAGGAGUACCAUCAGGUGCAGGAGAAGGUGGCUAGAUUGCAUGAGGAAGUGAGAAAGCAGCAGCAGAUUAUUUCUCAAACAAGUCAAGCACUCAAUCUCUGUGCUGCAACAAUUGAAUUUUCGGGAUCAACGGAGGCCGUGGAGGGUGAGCGCCAUCUAUUGGUGGCCACUCAUAGGCGCCAGGCAGCUCUAAAUGAAAUCCAACGACUUCAGGUGGAACGAACACUGCGCCCUCGGGGAUCUCCUCAGGAUCGUGGAAGGCUCACAGUGAAGGAGAUUACUCUGCCACUCAAGCAAGACUAUAUCCGGAAGUUGGCAUCAGACACAAUUUCAGGACAUCAUUUGGUUUGUCUCCUGAAAUACAACGACACAGUUUUGGCUACAAAGACUGUCCUGACACUUCCGGGACUUUUAGCUGUCAAGUUCACGGAUGUCUUCAAAAUGGACGAUGUCUAUGCGGACUUUAAGGUUACUUUGGAAAUUUAUGGGAUGCCAGCUCAGCGAGAUAUCCUUCCGCAUGAGAUCAAGUAUCACAUUUCUGGAAAGAAACAAGCUGCAAAGAUUCUUACACCGAAAGGACGCAAGGCUGAAAGUCGCCUUGUGAUGCCACAGCAGAAUUCACCAGCUGGUCCAGGAGCUGUCCGGAGUCCAACUCUGGUUCAACUGGGCUUUGUGAUCUUUGCUCUAAGAGACACACAGCGCACCUCAUGGACACUCAAUGGGACUCCAGGAGCGAGUCCUCUUGAGGGAGUUGUACAGAUGAAAGUGGCCUGUCAAUUGGCCGUUUCAGUGGAUUAUCGUGGUUUCCUGACCAUGUUUGAUGAUGUUUCGGGAUUGGGAGCCUGGCAUCGUCGUUGGUGUCGUCUACAUGGACAUACCCUGAGUUACUGGAGGUAUCCGGACGACGAGAAAAAGAAGACACCGAUUGGAAGUAUUGAUUUGUAUUCGUGUUGCUCAGAAAAGGUUACUGUUGCUCCACGAGAUGUAUGUGCACGAAUGAAUACACUUUUGCUUGAACUGAAGCGUCCCAGUCGGGAUUCAGAUGAGGAAUCCCUCGUUAUCGUAAAACGAGGGAAAAAUACAAUUGUUAGACACCUCCUGUCUACGGACACUAAAGAAGAACGUGAGGAUUGGUGCAACAACUUUAAUAAAGCAUUAUCUCUUCUUAGAUCGUGGGGCCCCCCAGCAACAGAAUAGAACUAUUUCGCUUGAAAGCGAUCUCUUAAUCUAUCACAAUAAUCUAUCGACUCUGUGAAUUGUGUCGUAAUUUUAUUAAAACAAAAAGAUCACUAACAAAAGUAUCUUCUUUCAUGUAAGAUAUAUUACUUACAUUCUAUGAUCAUCAUUAUUCUUAAACUAUGAAGCAAGAAAUUUCGGUAAAAGAAAAAUAUCGUUCACAACGAUAUCUAAUUUUCAGGAAUAAAUUAAAAUAGUGUGGAAUGCUUAAAACAAUAUUGUUAUUUUCUAUUGUAAAAUAAAGAAAUCACUAAAACCGGCAA